AUUACACCAAAAAGCAAAAACAUGAGAGUCCUAAGUGUGACCCCAAAACCUCUUCUUCUACAUCAACUUGAAAGCAGGGUCUUACACAUGCAGAACCAUGCACCCACAUUCUAUCUCUCUCACCUCUGCACAAACAUGGAGACACUGAAGAAACUCCACGCUUCCCUCCUCAUUCAGGGCCUCACCUCAAACAUCUUCACCAACACCAAACUACUCUCUCUCUACGCAUCCUUCGGUCUCAUCAACGACGCUCGAACCCUCUUCAACCAUUUCCCCUCCAACGACUUCUACUCCUUCAAACUCAUGCUCCGCUCCUACUUCCUCAACGACAUGCACUCCCACGUCGUUUCGUUCUACCAUCUCAUGCGCCUCUCCCUCCCCUUCCCCUUCCCCCACCCCCACCACGCUCUCCUCUUCUCCGUCGUUCUCAAAUCCUCCUCCCACUUACGCGAUCUCGUUCAAGGAACCAUACUCCACUGCCACGUCAUCAAAACCAUCCCCCCCGAUAGCUUCGUUCUCACGUGCCUUGUCGACGUCUACUCCAAAUGCGGACGCGUUCGCUGUGCGCGUCGAGCGUUCGACGAAAUACCUGACCCAAAUGUCGUUUCGUGGACUUCUAUGAUCGUCGCGUACGUGCAAAACGACUGCGCGCGUGAAGGGUUGAGCUUGUUUAAUGCGAUGCGUGAAGGGUUUGUUGAUGGGAAUGAGUUCACUGUUGGGAGCUUGGUCACUGCUUGCACCAAAUUGGGGUUUUUGCAUCAGGGGAAGUGGGUUCAUGGGUUUGUUAUUAAGAAUGGGAUUGAGCUCAAUUCGGUUUUGGCGACGUCGAUUUUGAAUUUGUACGUCAAGUGUGGGGAUGUUGAGGAUGCACGCGCCGUGUUUGACGAGCUUUCUGUUAAUGAUGAUCUUGUUUCGUGGACGGCGAUGAUUGUGGGGUAUAGUCAGAGAGGUUAUCCACAUUUGGCGUUGGAAUUGUUCACUGAUGAGAAGUGGUCGGGGAUUUUGCCUAAUUCGGUUACAGUUGCGAGUUUGUUAUCUGCGUGUGGACAAUUGGGAAAUGCUGUUGUGGGAAAGUCGCUUCAUGGUCUGGUGAUUAAGUGUGGAUUGGAUGAUAGUUCUUUGAGGAAUGCUCUUGUUGAUAUGUAUGCAAAGUGUGGGGCUGUUUUGGAGGCACUUUAUGUGUUUGAAAUGACUGAGGAGAAGGAUGUUGUAUCUUGGAAUUCGAUUAUUUCUGGUUGUGCUCAGAGUGGUUUUGCGAGUGAGGCUCUUGAGAUCUUUCGAAGGAUGAGAUUAGAAUCGUUUGAGCCUGAUGCAGUUACUCUGGUGGGUGUUCUCUUGGCGUGUGCUUCCCUUGGUGCUCUUCACUUUGGUUGUUCUGUUCAUGCUUUCUCUUUGAAGAAUGGCCUGGUGUGGUCUAGUGUCUAUGUUGGGACUGCGCUGCUGAAUUUUUAUGCAAAAUGUGGGGAUGCAAAAUCGGCUAGGAUGGUGUUUGAUGGGAUGGGGGAGAGGAAUACUGUGACGUGGAGUGCAAUGAUUGGUGGGUAUGGCAUGCAAGGUGAUGGCAGUGGAUCUCUUGCGCUUUUCAGAGAUAUGCUGAAAGCGGAACUUGUUCCUAAUGAAGUUGUAUUUACAACUAUAUUAGCAGCUUGCAGCCAUUCGGGAAUGGUUGGAGAAGGGUCGAGGUUGUUUAAUUUGAUGUGUCGAGAGUUGAAUUUUGUUCCUUCCAUGAAGCACUAUGCGUGCAUGGUUGAUCUGUUGGCCCGUGCUGGCAACCUUGAAGAGGCAUUGGACUUCAUUGAAAAAAUGCCUGUUCAACCUAGUGUUAGUGUGUUUGGAGCUUUUCUCCAUGGAUGUGGACUUCAUUCAAGGUUUGAAUUGGGAGAAGUGGCAAUUAAGAGAAUGUUGGAGUUGCACCCUGAUCAAGCUUGUUACUAUGUGCUUGUGUCAAACCUGUAUGCUUCAGAUGGAAGAUGGGGCUUGGUUAAGCAGGUGAGAGAGAUGAUAAAGCAAAGAGGAUUGAACAAGGUCCCUGGUUGUAGUUUAGUGGAGAUGGAUCUCAACAAUGAUACAUAUCCCAAAGUGGCAGUUCUAUCUUAAAUUACGCAAGUCUAGGUUCACAACACAGUGAUGGUUAAGUUAAAACACCUGCUCAAACAGUGGCCCACAGAUAGUUCAUGAGCUUGUGCCCAUUAGCCCCAUCUUAUCUAGUAUCACCAUUAGAUCCAUAAGACACGGUUGACAGCUUCAGGAGCAGAGGGAAAUAUUGCCUUGUCAUCUUCAUGCUGCAAUCAGGUGGAUGGUGGAAUCAGUUCCGCAGUCCGAAGUUGGAUUGAGGUUGUGGAUGAGCUGCGGGAAAAGUUUGAUAAUUCAAAGGAAAAAGAUGGCGAGGAUAAUGAGGAGUCUUCCUCAGAAUGAUUUUUUCCCCCCGAAGUUGCUUCAAGUUGCAGCCAUUGAAAUUGACAAAGACCAAAGAAGACUAUUGACCCCAUUUUCAUGUUCCAGAACUGUUGAGAUAUAUGCUUGUUUGUGGACUCACUGUCAUGAAUUUUUCCUCCCGAAUUUUUAGUUAAAAUGGGAAUUAGGUUGCAUGCUUGAAUGAAUUGAACCUCCAUCCAGUUGGACUCUUAGCUCUCAUGACAUGGUGGUAGAUUUGUUCCUGAAUCACAGUUCUUCACUCAUGUUACCUAGAUUUUCGGGUUCUGCUUUGUAAUUAUCAAGGAAGCAUAGAUGCUCAGUAUAAAUAAGUUUCCUAUUAAAUUGUAAUUAUCUACUAUACUAGUGGAUUUUUUUUUUCCUGAAAUAAAUCAAUAGAUGUA